AGGGGGAAGUACCUACAAAAUUUCCAUAUUUAUUGAAAAAGAAAGUAAAGGUUAAAAUAUUUACCUUGAGCUGACUGUAAUAAUUUGACCAAUUCAUAAUGUGUCAUAUUUCUGCCUACCAAGAGAACCUGUCCCUGAGAAUGUCUGAGGUCCUUGAUGAUAAUGGAGUUAAUGAGGAAAUGAUACUCAAGAAGAGAUGGUCAAUCCUACUGCAGGAAACUAUGAGGACAAUUUCACACAGGCCUAUAUACAAUAUGUCCAGUCACAUGUUUGGCAGCACUUCUGAGGGCACAACAACAGCAGGACUUAAGUCAGAUACUGACUGUCUAAUCUGUGAUCAUGACUAUAAUGUGAUACAAGACUAUACAGAAUGGGAACCUGACUUCAUUAACCUACUGAUGAUCCAGGAUAAUACUACAUCACCAGGUUACUGUCUUCUACAACGGAUCAGAGAUGAUGUACCUCUUCCUGCUACACAUGUUCUACAUGAGGAUUAUGUUAGAGAUGCAAGCGGGAGGGUGUUGUUAAAGAAUACUUUAUUUAGAGACAGAAUACCUGAAGAUUGUAUACAAAAUGGUCCAUCAUGGACUAAACAGGGAGGACCUGGACAAUCAGACACUGACAAUGUUCAUGCCUUCCACUGUAAUUCAUGGCCCUAUGAAGCAAGUGCCUGGUUAGAAAGACAAGGGAUAGGAAGAUGGCCAACUGCAGACAUGAAGAGAUUUGCAGUAUAUAGUGGAUGUUAUGUGGUUCCUGUUGGAAGUAAAGUCAGCCAGAAUCCAGAGUUUGAAUGGAGAAUUUCUACUUCACAAGGAGAGAGAUGUUUAAUGUUUAGUUUAAACAUUACACAAAUACGCUGUUAUGUGUUGAUAAAAAUGAUUCUUAAAACAUAUCUUCAUCAUGCUGGUGAAGGUCACAUUACAAGCUUUAUGUGUAAAACAGUUCUGUUACAUUGUAUUGAAAACACACAUUCAAAUGCAUGGCAGGAAAAUAAUUUAUUUACAUGUUUUUCAUAUUGUUUAUAUGUACUAUACAACUGUCUAGAACAAGAAAACUGCCCACAUUUCAUGACACCUGAAAACAACCUGAUGGCAGGACAGUUUUCAGCUGAAGUCAAAUCUCUGUUGCUAGAAAGACUGUUUCGUUUAAUACAAAGUGAUGGACAAGCAUUGCUUGGGGUUCAGAUUGAUGACCUUGGUCAAAGACUACAGAUCAAACUGAGCAUGUUAUAUCAGAUAGCAGAAAAUAUUCCGUCUAAAAAGGAAAAUUGUCUCAGGAUUUCAGAAACAUUAUUUUGUGGCACAGCUAAGUCAAUCACCGAGUGUAGUAGAAUAAUGUUAUCAGAAACAAGUGAAAAUAGUCCUGUAACAUCUGUACAGAGCAUGCUCAAUGUAUUAGCACAAUAUAAGAGAUGUUAUAGAGAAGGAAGUAAGUUAGAACAGAGAGCCAGCAGUCUCCUAACACCAUUGAUCUGCUCAACAUUGGGAACCACAAUAGCCUCCAUAAAUAUUCAAGAAAACAACACUAUACCUCCAGAAGCACUAGACUGGUUAUCUGCAGGUUUAAAUUCUGACGUUGCUUCUGGCAAACUGAAACUUGCAUCUGUUUUAUACAGUGUGGGGAAUAUGGUAGAAACUGAAUUCAUUUUAAGAGAUACAGAGGGACAUUAUGGCUUCAAUAUAGGACUGCCUCUUUGUCAGUGCUAUGAGUUUAGCAGGAACACAGCACCAAGAAUGUUUCUAGAAGUGGCAUAUCAUCAGAAUGAAGAAGCUUUAAGAAGUGUCUUCGCAUUUUGUGUCAGAUUCACUCAGGAUGAGAUUCAUUGUGUUCCUCGGGAACUGCAGUAUGAAAUGUACCGAUCAACUCAAGAUGACUUGCUGCACAGAGAUGAAGUUAAGGACUACUGGAUGGACUGGGCAGUUGUAGACUCUCUACCUUUCCUGUAUUUCCUACAAUACAAGACCUACAGACAGCUUCAGAGAUUUGAUGAUCAGCAUGAAGCACUUGCUAAUCUUGCAAGAACAACUGAAACAGAGGAAAACCUUGGUCACAGGGAAACAGCCCUGAAUCUAAUAGGCCAGUGUAUGGAACAGGAGAACCAACCUAACAAAGCUUUACACUGCUAUAUGAUGUCACUGAAGGUUAGAGAAAGAAAUAACGCAGCAAGAUUCCACAUUUGCAGACUUUUAGCAAGCUUAAUGAGAUAAUC